AUGGUGCCUAGCGAUCUGGAUAUUGCACGGCAAUUAGAUGCCGCCUCUUUGGGGUCCGUCAAAGUCCGGGAAUUGAAUCGAUUCGUUUUUGAAGACAUAGACGUCCGUGGAUCUCGGGUGCUGAAUCAGUCUCGCGUUAAGAAUAUCAUUCAUCGAUUCAAUCAUGAGGGAUGUCGCCGACUUGAUCCGCUCACUUGGAUUCCUUGCGAAGUAUCGAAGUCUGUUCUACAGUCACUGUUAACGGUCGAUCCAAAAAACUUGCGUAUAGAUCUUCCUACCGACCUACAGCUUCCAGAAGGAUCUGAGCUCCAUUGUCUUCAAGGCCAACAUCGAAUUGCCGCGGCGGUCGAAUGGUUAGAGCCUAAUGAUCUUUGGUGGAAUUUGAUACUCUACGACUCCGAGAAGCUGAAUGACGAUUGUCGUAAUCGACUUCGAGAAGCGGAAAAUGGAUUUCAGAUCUUCAGUGACGGUGAAAUAUUUCGAAAUGUUCGACAUUAUCAGCUUCGUGGAGAAGAAAAGCCGGCGCAAGAAUGGCUGGCAAAAUGGUCUCCGACCAAAUGCCGGGACUUCAACCGAAUUUACGAACCCAAAAAAAUAAAGGACAAACGGAAGGAUCUUGCAAACAGGCUAGAUGCGCUGCUUGUGUUUCCUGCUCUAUGGAUCCAUUGGUUUAUGGGAACCCACUUGACAGAUUUGAACUGCCCAGAGAUAAAGGAACUUUGUGCCUAUCUCCACAAAAUACAUUCCGCGUGGGUCUCUCUUACAUGUGGCAACUCCCAAGCCUUAGAUCCGGGCACUCUUGAACUUCUUCAUGGCCGUUAUCCCCGCCUCUCAUUGGAUGAUCAAAGAUUUAUUCAACAAAUAUUUCAUGAUAACCUAGCCUUUCCACGCGUCACCGAUCCGGCUUCACGAUCACAACUCCUGCAGGCUGCUUUGAACUACUCGGGAAUUAUACCUUCUGUGCAUCUAUUCUUUGAGGACAUCAAGUACUUGAAGCCAAUGACAGACAUCCUCAAGAAAGUUCUGCCUUUCAAAUUUAAAGGCACCAUUCGCCAAGCAAUGUUGCGAUAUUUUAUUCCCACUCCGAAGAACCGGAUACAGUGUCAGAGAACGAUUUUGAUGAAAGAGAAUGAAGAACUCUUCUGCUCAGCUUAUCGACAAUGUUUUCUGUUCGCAAUGCGUCACUUUUUCGGGUUAACUGAUAUCCACCCGCGAGGUCAUAGUCAAUCCUCCAAAUCCCAAAGUCUCGAGCCUUCGGACUUAUGGAAGCGGUUAAAGUUUCUCCUUCAUCAUUUGGGAUUUGUUCUGGAUCGAUCUCGGAAUGUUAAAGCACCACCAAGUACAGAAUGCAUAGCCAUUCAGACACUGCUUGCCCGACUGAGGCCUCCAGAGCUCUUCGAAUAUGACCAUGCCAUCUUGACCGAAUGCAGUAACCAUGUUGCAACUGUUCUGUCACAAAUCAAACCGCGCAUUAUAAGCGCAUCGCGGCCAUUACAAAGUGCGGAUGUUCCGCAGAAUUGGACUCUGGCCCAUCGUUGUGGCAUGACAGACACGGAUACUUUUUUUCCGACCGCAAGUAUCUCUUUUUGCGGAAUAUCUAUUCGCCAGAUGAUGAACCGUGUGAGAGCGUUACGUCGUUUGCGGUGA